CUCGCUUCCUCCCUCUCUCUCUCUUCUACCCAUCUUUGCCUUUUCAGCAAAUCCCAUCAUCAUCAUCAUCUCUGUCUCUCUCUAGAAAUAAUAAAAACCUACAUUUUUUUUUCUCUUUCUAUCUCCAUCUCUCUCUUCUACUCUAUGUCCACAUUGGCAUCUAUAUUCAGCAGAAAGAGUGGGAAAACAAGAAUAACUCCACCCAACUCUCUCUUUCUGUCUAAUGGCCCAGCUGGACCAAAAUUUAUGUCUAUGUAGAAGAAAGAAAAACGAAAGUUUCAAGUUUUAGACGGAUAGACCAAACCCACCUUACGCACACAACCAAAAAAAAUUAAAAAGUGAGAUUGGUUGUCACAAUUGCCCUUCUGCAACCCCUUCAAAAAUCCCCAUCUUCAUCAUCAACUUCACUGUCGUGUAAAGAAACAAUGUUUUUAUUAUUUUUGCCACAAUUUAGGUGGGCUUUUUGGGCCUUUAAUUUGUUGUCUUGGUCAGAGUUUUUUCACAGGGAAAACAGGAAAGCAAACAAGGAACCUUCCCACUUCCUCUAUAUUUUUCCUCUCUUUCUGUCCUUUCUUUCUGUUGUAUUUAUCUUUACUGACCUUUCUUUAUUUCUUCUCCACCGCUCUUCCAUAUUCAUCCUUAUCGCCUUAUUAAUUUCCUUUUAUACAAGAUUCGGAGUUCUUGUGAGAAGGGCUUUCUAUAUUCUGUGAUCUGAUGAUGUCUAAAAAGAUGAAAGGGGUUUCCUUGGAUUCAACGUCAUCUUAUACUGUUGGUCUGAAUGAGGGUGAUAAGGCCAAAUUGAAGCAUCAGAGUCUCUUGCAAGACUACCAGGAACUACAAAAGGAAUCCAAUGGAAUGAGAAACAAACUGCAGACUGCAAAACAGAGGAGGCAGAUACUGACAGCUGAAGUUCGAUUUUUGCAGAAGAGACACAAGUAUCUUCUCGAAACGAAGUUUUUGAAUUCGUCGCAAGAACAGCAACUUGUACAACCAGCACCAUAUGCAGUAAGCCAUAUUAUAAAGAAAAAGAAGGAUCAAAUGUUCAGUAAAAAAGUUACCUCCCUGAAAAGAAUUCCCCAGGCUCCAGAGUCCAAACCCAAGAGGAAAUACAUUGGAAAAGAAGCUGCUCCUCGUUCUGCAUUACCAGUUACUAAUAUUGAGCGCAAGCAAAAAUUACAUGGUAAAAAGCAAGAUUCUCAUUUCGCUUUAACUCCAAAUUCUGAUAUGAACUACAGAGGAAGGAUAAACAUUAGGAAAGAAACUUUAAUGCGAAACAAGCCACUGGUCAUUGAUUUGAAUGAGAGGGAAAGAAUAUGUGGUGCAAAUGAUACUGGUCUGAGAAACUCAGUUGCAGCUUUUGAUUUGAACCAGGACACUAGUGGGAGAGAAGCUCGUUUGCCAAGUCGAGCUCCAAUCUUUGACUUAAAUGAAAUUUCGACAGGGGAUGAUGAUUUUCAGAGUAAUUAUGAACCUUUAAAGCUUGAUGAUGCAAGGAAAGGUUUGGUUAGAGGUUUACAUGAUGACCAGCAUAAUGACUUGAAAUUGUCAGUGUGUAGAAAUGCUGGGGAGGGUUCGACCCGGGUUGGUAAGCGAAAAAUUUCGUGGCAGGACCCAGUUGCAUUGAGAGUUUGAUUAUCAAGGCUCAACUAAUCGACAUUCGGGAGGCUGGUGAACUUUCGGUGCUUCUCCAAGUUGGUUGCCACUUGCCAGUUUUUAAUUGCAUUUUGUCUGUAGUUUAAUGUAAUUCCUUAAGUAGAGCAAUACCUAGUUCUUUAUAUUCAGCAUACUUGACAUGUUGGAAACAAUUGUUAUAUAUGUAUUGUAUAGUAUAUUUGUCUCAUGGAACUACUUAUCUUUUCUGCCCUUUGCAAUGAAGAAAAACAUGAAUAUGGAAUCUUAGCAUGCUUUGUCUA